UGUCCGUUAUUCGAUGUAUUUCUGCGAUCUGCACUUUUGUCAGAAUUUUCGUGUUUUACGGUAAUUUUCCGCGCCAAGUCCAGUCUGUGCAAUGGCCCGUACUAAGCAGACCGCUCGUAAGUCCACCGGAGGCAAGGCUCCCCGCAAGCAACUCGCCACCAAAGCUGCCCGCAAGAGCGCCCCAGCCACCGGCGGUGUCAAGAAGCCCCAUCGUUAUCGCCCCGGCACCGUGGCCCUGCGUGAGAUCCGUCGCUAUCAGAAGUCCACCGAACUCCUGAUCCGCAAACUCCCCUUCCAGCGCCUUGUCCGUGAAAUCGCUCAGGACUUCAAGACUGAUCUCCGAUUCCAGUCAUCCGCUGUUAUGGCUCUCCAGGAAGCCGCGGAAGCGUACUUGGUGGGAUUGUUCGAAGACACCAACUUGUGUGCUAUCCACGCCAAGCGUGUGACCAUCAUGCCCAAGGACAUCCAGCUGGCCCGUCGCAUCCGUGGAGAGCGCGCUUAAGUUCGGUUUGGUGUGCAGUCAUGUUGCUUUUGCAAGUGUACAGCGACUAUUCAAAUUAACAACCAAGUUCAGAACUUUAUUGUACAGAAUCGAUCUCAUUGCGCCAUACACAUUGUUACGUUUCGUAGCGAGAAUUCGUUGUUGUUCCGAAAUAUUUGAAAUUGUUGAAAUACGUGCAAAUGGUCAGCAAAAAACUGGAAUUAAAAGAACUGAAAAGUGAAAA